AUAAUAACACUGAAAAUACCAAAGCAAAAACUACGAGAAAACUCAAGUGAUUUCAAAAGGAAAUCGGAUAAAUUACGAUAGAAAACAAUGAAAGCAAUAUCACCACCGUCGGCGGCGGCUAUAAUUAUCCACUCCCAUCAUCACUACCUUAAUCACCGCCGUUGCUUUUUAUAUCCGCCGCCUCUUUCGAACCGUCAGUGCCACCCCUCGGCAUCAAUCCCCAGACUCCAUAAUCUUAAGCUGACUUUCGUAACAAAAGCAGCCGAUUCAACUUCUCAGCCUUCUGCUGCAAAAACCAUUGUCAGUGAUGAUGGGUUCUCAUUUUAUAAGCUUUCAUUUGGUGUUAUUGGACUCGGUGUUGGAUUUUCUCUCCUCUCGUAUGGUUUUGGGGCAUAUUUUAACAUUCUCCCGGGAUCCGAAUGGUCUGCAUUAAUGCUGACUUAUGGCUUCCCUCUUGCGAUAAUCGGGAUGGCCCUCAAGUAUGCAGAACUCAAACCGGUGCCAUGCGUGACCUAUUCGGAUGCUCAAAUGUUAAGGGAAACCUGUGCCACUCCUAUCCUUAAGCAGGUAAGGAAUGAUGUUACAAGAUUCCGUUACGGAGAUGAACAGCAUUUGGAUGAGGCCUUGAAGCGGAUUUUCCAGUUUGGUUUGGGCGGAGGAAUUCCUCGGAGAAAUGCACCUAUUCUUCAAAUGAUCCGGGAAGAAGUCACAGAAGAUGGUAAAUAUUGUUUAGUCUUGGUGUUUGAGGCUAAAGCUUUGGAGUUGUCGGAUUUUGAAAAGAGACAGGCAAAAUUCGCUUCCUUCUUUGGACCAGGCAUCUCAGCUGAAGUUGGGAAGGGAGAGAAUAAUGUAUAUGAAGUUCGACUUAUCUCAAAUUCCACUUCAAAUGCACCAACUUCAUGAAUUGGGCAAUAUCUGAUCUCCGUUUCUUCUUAUUUUUCGGUACUCGUAAGUUUUGUAUCAUAUGUAUAUACUAAUUUGCCGAAUACGGUUUAUAGUAACAUUAAAAUUUAAAGGAAAAAGUGUACAACAAUUGACUUUUUAUUGUCAGCUAUAAUUAAUAAUUAAAUUUAUCUUUCC